UGGCCGCUCAGCGGUACAGCCGCGUGUCUUGCGAGUCUUUUGUGUGUGAACAUUGGCAAAGCGCUCGCUUCUCUCCAUAGAGCAGUUACUCUGAGCCACAGCUGCACCAAGAAGAUACACAUCUCUACUCACAGCAGUCAACACAGACUCACCAGAUGCUCUUGUUCUCUUCAAACCUGAGCACUUUUUUCCGCUUUAUCUCUCUAUUGUAAGACGACUGAGGUAAAGGUUCAUAUAAAAGUUUUUGAGAAAACCGCGGAACGGAUGUGAGGCGCAAUAGAGAGCCUCUUUCAGUCUUCAGUUUGCACCUUCUUCUCUUAUUUGCGUUGCGAUUUUUGUGUAAGCGAGGAACACGUUUUCUAGUGGGAAAGGCAAUAGGGGCCGGUUGAUGAUUUUACUGAAAUGGACGUGAGAUUUUAUCCACAACCUCCACCACCAUCAGCAACAGAUCCUUCCCGACUGGGACAGUCACACUAUUCGGACUCUCCGUACUGCAAUAAGUACGACAGCGAAAACAUGUUCAUGAGUAUGCCAGAGCCCAGCCAGGACUUUGUGCCAGGGAACCAGUUCCGCGUGCCUGCCAGUCCCAGCCAGACGCAGCACAGCAACAAACAGGCCGGCGGCCACUGGAAAAGAGAGACCCCUACACAUACGGACGGCCACCGUCUGACAUGGCAGUCCUACCCAGUGCCCAGUCUCGGGGAUGAAGACUUCAACAUCCCGCCAAUCACUCCCCCCACCCUCCCCGAACACAUGCUGGCACACCUGCCUGAGUCUGAGUCCGGAACAUACCAUCACCUUUGCCCCCCUGUCUCCCAGAACGGACUGCACCCCUUUCACCUGCAAGGAAUGGACCUGCCCGGCAUGUCGGUUCCCAACAUGUUGGGUCAAGAUGGUGGUCUGCUCACCAACUCCCUCUCAGUGAUGCAGCAAAUGGUCAACUCAGAUUCGCGUUACGGUGGCCACCCUCAGGUGGAUACGCUUAGACCCAGGGUCCAACCUGGCAUGGUUCCUCAAGGUCAGCUGACCACAAUUAACCAGUCACAACUCAACACUCAGUUGGGUCUGAACGGCAACAAUGGCACCCAUGGAUCCCCAUCUCCACCAGAGAGCAAGUCAGCCACACCCUCCCCCUCCAGCUCCGUGCAUGAGGACGAUGCAGAUGAUGCUGCCAAGAUGAAUGGGGCAGAGAAGAGAGCAGCCACAGACAUGGCCAAGAAGCCCAAAACCCCCAAGAAAAAGAAGAAGAAAGACCCCAACGAGCCUCAGAAGCCAGUGUCAGCCUAUGCCCUGUUCUUCAGAGACACACAGGCAGCUAUCAAAGGCCAAAAUCCUAAUGCCACAUUCGGAGAGGUUUCCAAAAUAGUGGCCUCUAUGUGGGACGGUCUCGGCGAGGAACAAAAACAGGUGUACAAGAAAAAAACAGAAACCGCAAAGAAGGAGUACCUCAAACAGCUGGCUGCGUACAGAGCGAGCCUCGUGUCUCAGAGUUACAAUGACCCAGGCGAUGUGAAGGCAUCACAGGCCUCUCAGAUGCUUGGGCCCAAGCCACCGGUUUUCUCUGGGGCAGGCCAGUCUCACCCAGGUCUCUACAUGGCUCCUCCGUACCACCAGCAGCCAGGACUCAGUCCCCAUCUGCCCCAGAUGCAGCCAGGCCUAGCCCGAGGUGGCGCAUCCCGGCCCAGCGCACCUAUGAGCAUGGGCAGCAUGGCGGGCUCAUCCCCCCCUCCGCUGCAGAUCAGCCCCCCCUUACACCAGCACCUCAGUCUCCACCAGCAACAGCAGCAGCUCAGCAGCCACCCGUUGCCUCUGCACUCCCCAUCCAUGGCCCAGGGUUUCCCCCUUCAGGCAGAGUAUCAGAGCAUGGUAAAUGUCACAUCCUCCGGCGGACCUGGCCUGUCCCCUUCAAUGGACUACCGCACCGGCUGCAGGAACGGACCGACCCAGGGCCUGGACUGGAACCCUGACUACUGCGGCAACGGAGCUCUGCAGAGGGACAAAGCCCUGUACCUGACCUGAUCGACAUGUUCAGCCUCACGCUCCUUCACGCUCACAGGACCAAGGCAGUUCCUCAUCCCAGUACAGCUAUUCAGGGCCUGACUGUUCAGGCCUUACUUUAGACUAGACACAAACCACGCAUCAGCAAAACAACGUUUGAAUGUUUUCUUUCUCAUGGCUCACACUUUAGUGCACCCUAUCGUGGUGGCUUUGCAAUUUCCUUCUAGCUUCUGACAUUCAGACCUUUUGGAUCUUUAAAAUAGAGUUUAAAUCAUCGAAAGCAUGAACAUGUAAAUUGAAUGCUAAAACUUGUUUAAAUGCAAUCACUUCUCUAAUGAUAUUGACUUUUUACGCCCUACUAUUGUUCCGCGUCCUCGUUGCGUACCUAUUAAGAGGCCGUGUAUGGAAACCCCCUGUAGACGUGUGUUUUAUUGGAGAUUGUUCACGGUUUUUAAGACGUCGCGUAGGUCAAUUUGCCUCGCAGGAAGGUUGUCAAUCCAUCAGUUUCUAAGCACUUACCGCUGCAUGUCAGAGACUCCAAGCUCUCACUGACAAGCAGCGGAACGAAAACCAAAACAGAACUUCUUUUUUUGUACAAAGAGGAAAAAUCACAAUCUGAAAAAAAAGAAAGAAAAAAACGCAGACGAUAUGACUCCUGCUUUCGCCCCACUCUUUUCCACACUCUUUCUCGUCGUAUCAUUCUUCCUCUCUGUAAUGAUCUUUUUUAGUCAACUGCCUUAGAAACAGAGUUCUGUUGUAAGUAUAAAACAGUCGCUCAUAGGAACGUUAUGAACGGCCGGACGGGUUGUUUCAAGCAGCCCUCGUUUCAAGUUGUAAAUAGAAUCUGUGUUACUCCUAGAGUAUAAGAAUUCAACUUUUUUUCUAGUAACAAUGUGAUUUUGAAUUGGACCACACCAGUUCGUUUAAAACUCGAAAAAGGAUAAUUAGCCAAGAGGGGUAGUUUCUUGGCAUCGGAAGUCGCCAUUGAUUGGACCGACAAAAGAGACUAAAGAAGUAUUCUUUUCCCAAGUUUAAUAAGGUAAAGGUUGAUGGCAUCAACCAGCGAGGUGGCAUGGAAAUGAUUCAUUAAGGAAAAUACUAAAGAAAAGUUUAUUUUGUAUUACACAAAAUACUUCUUUUGUAUCACUUCUGGCAUAUUGAUUAAUUUCAUCCAAACUAUGUGUAUGAAACUGUCAGAUGCUUAUAUGGUGUUAAUUAGAAGAAACAGUGGCAGAUUGGAGAGUUGCUGUAUAACCCUGGCAUAUGGCUGAUCAUUUACUAUUCCUCUACACUGUGUCUAUAUGAGAUCUUUUUAUGGUACUUGUUUGCGCCUAUUUAUGAAGGAAAAAAAAUAACUGUAGGUGUUUUUUGAGUAAUUAUGUUAGAGUUCCAGGGAUGUUUUUCUGUUCAUUUGUUUUGACAGAAUUGAUCCGGGCAACAAUGUGAAUAAUUCUUAUUUAGUUUUUAUUGUGUUUGAAAAUAAAUAAAGGCAAACCUGCAUUUUUGUGCAGUAAUUAA